AUGCCAAUAACAGCUCAUCCAGCAUUUAAUAAAGCGAGUAACUAUUUUAAAAUGAAGUUAAAACGUAUUCCAUUGAAUCCUCAAACGCGUGAAGUUGAUCUGAAAAAAAUGCGCCAAGCAAUUAAUGAAAAUACAUGCAUGAUUGUUGGAUCUGCACCGAAUUUUCCACAUGGUACUAUUGAUCCUAUUGAAGAAAUUUCUAAAAUUGCUAUGGAAUAUGAAGUUCCACUACAUGUUGAUGCUUGUCUGGGUGGCUUUCUUAUUGCUUUUAUGGAUCAAGCUGGUUUUCCAUUGAAACCAUUUGAUUUUCGUCUACCGAGUGUAACGAGUAUAAGUUGUGAUACACAUAAAUAUGGUUUUACACCCAAAGGCACUUCGGUGAUUCUCUAUCGAAAUUCAGAACUUCGCUUACAUCAAUUCUUUGCUGUAGCCGAUUGGCCUGGUGGUAUUUAUGGUUCUCCGACAGUCGCUGGUAGUCGUUCUGGUUAUUUAAUUGCUUGUUGUUGGGCUACACUUAUGUACUAUGGUAUUGAAGGUUAUGUGAAAGAAACACGAAAGAUUAUUCAAGUAGCACGAGAUAUUGCUGACGGAUGGAAUAAAAUUGAUGGUGUUUACCUUUUACACCAGCCAGAUGUUAGUGUUGUAGCAAUAAGCUCGAAUAAAUUUAAUAUUUAUUAUCUAUUCGAUGGUUUACAUGCAAAAGGUUGGCAUUUAAUUGGUUUACAAAAUCCACCGGGGAUUCAUAUUGCUGUUACGCAAAUGCACACUCAACCGGGUAUUGUAGAUAAACUUCUUGAAGAUACACGACAAUGUGUUGAAGAAAUUCUAAAAUCCAACACUAAAAAAGAUACUAUAACAGCUGUGAUAUAUGGUACGAAUCAAAAAAUACCUGACAAAUCUCUUAUCUGUGAUAUGACAAAAUUAUAUAUUGGCUCAUGGUAUGAAACAAAUUUAGAUACGGCCACAGUUGGUUAA